AUGGACCGAAGAACACGCUCACCCCUGGCGGGCAGCGACAUGAAGACAAAGUAUCGAGCGACUCGCAGUCGACUCGACUUUGCCAAGUUCAACGACAAGCUGCCUCACGAGUUCUUUGAGCUGCAUUUCUCGCGUGUGUACUCUGCCGCCUACGAUCUUGUUCGAGCCGUGUUCGGCACUGAGUCCCUGAAGCAGGAUGCGUCGCCGUGGAAGAGCAAGCUGAGCAACACCUUUUGCCGCCACGUCGAGGCCAUUUCCCGUCCCGGCAUACGCGGUGCGGACUGGGACUCGUUGCUGCGCAAUGGUGACGAGCGGACGUACUUGCUUCAGGGUGUCAUAGGACGCGCCUUGGAUGAUCAUGUCUUCUCGUGCGGGCUCUUUGGAAGUUCGGAACAGCACCAGGCCCAGCUCCAGGCUGAAGACGCGGAAUAUUUACAAGUAGAAGGGUUUCUGCGAUCGGCAAAUCGUGUCGGCCGCAACCUAACAUAUUUGCGUGGAGAAGGGUCCUUGGAGCCACCGCAGUUCUGGGACGAGGUCGAGGAGGCAACGCAAGCGAUCAUGCGCAUGUUGCUCCCGGUUCAUAGGCUAGUGUGCGGCCGCCUGCGCAACCCGGAAGAGUCUCAAUCGACCCUCUAUCAGAAACUCCACGAUAUCAUCGCCCACGCGGCCUGGCUCAGCGUGGGAAUGCAGCUAUCCACGUGCAUCACCCAGAUAGACUGGUUACGGCCCGGCGAGGUGUGUGCGUUUGGGCAAGUCAACGUCUCGGACGACACCUUCGAACGGGGUCGGCGCGAGGCGCUCAAGCUCAGCGGGACGUCGGGGCGAGGCGACUUCGCGCACAUUGCGCGUGUCAAGAUCUCCGUGGUGCCGCAGGUCACACGUUACGAGGCGGUGUCUGGCUCGGAGGCGCGCAGCUCUGGGCUAACGUCGUACGCAGUGACUCGCCCGCACGCGGUGUACUACCAGGGCUGGGGCCGCGAAGACAAGAAUCGGGAGAGCUUGGUGUCGCUGUCGACAUAUCUUGGCGGCCCAGGACGAGCCGGGCGUUCGCGGGAUGGGAAGGCAGGUGCGAGGACGAGGGGCGGAGGACGCUCGAGCAGUGCUAUUUCUAAGGCAAUUCGGUACGGGUCGCCGCUGGUGGCAGUCUGGGCGGCGUGGAAUUACAGCUCGGUGCUUACGGACGAUCACGUACGCCAGCAUCUGAUUGGGUUGGUCAACGAGGUCAUCAAGAGUAUCGCAUGA